AAGGAAGUGCACUUGCUACAUUUCUCAGAGGAACUAUUUUCAACUAGUUGAACAGUGAUUCAAAGCCUGUUGUAUACGUUUUGCUUACAUAUGCCAGUUGUGUGCCAUUUGCAAUCUGCUUACAAGUCAAGUUUGGGUCAGCUUUUCUGGGAAAUCACCAGCUUGAAGCGAGAAGAACAGCAAUUUCCCCUUUCACCAAAUGAGAUGUGCCAUUCAUGCAGAACAGAGAUCACGAUUUUCACUUCUUGACCUGCUUAACCCAAGAUUAUUGAUGAUGUUAGCUGAUUCGGGGAGUCACUUGAUCAAAAGGGAGAGUUUACAGACAAGCUCAGGAAUUCAGAGAGCAUUUCACCAUGACGAAGCAACAGUUCAUCGCUGUCAUUUGGCUGCUUCUCGGUCAUCUAAUUGAUAAUGGAUCAGCAGUUACUGUAUAUGGAUAUAUAGGACAGAGUGUUACUCUGCCUUGCAAAUAUGAUAGCAAAUACUACGGCACUUUGUCCAUCUGUUGGGGUAAAGGCACACUGCCGUCAAAAGGCUGUGGUAAUAAGAUUAUUCAAACAGAUGGCUCAAAGGUGACCGAAAACUCAUCUUGGCGAUAUCAGCUAGUCAACAGACGUGGCAAUGUGGGAGAUGUUGCUUUAACUAUCUUCAGUGCAAGAGAGCAAGACAGUGGAACCUAUGGCUGCAGAGUGGACAUUCCAGGAUGGUUCAAUGACCAAAAGACUCAUGUGGAUCUCCGCGUACGCGCUGCUCCAACAACAACAACAACAACAACAACAACGACAACGACAACGCCGACGACGACGACAACAGAAGCCCCAGCAACCACAACAGAAGCCCCAACAACCACAACAGAAGCCACUACUCUAGAAACUACUGUGGCAACAACUCCUAGAAUGACUACAGAAUCAACUACUGUAGGAACCACAGCAACCACAGAAACAGCAUGGAUAACAAACUUCCAAGAUCCUACUGUAGAGCUUCUAACCACUACUACUUUGGUAGAAACGACACCAUGGCCAACCAUUGGACAACCAACGCAUGCUGAAGAUUCAUCAUCUAAGGCAGCACAGGUGACUGGGAUGUCCACUGCUGAACCCUCAACAAUACAAACAGAACAACCAAAGUCGACAGCUGAGGAAACCUUAAGGACAGACACUAGUAUGUCUCCGCCAGUUCAUGAAACUGUCAACGUGUCAACACCAAGUGAUCCAGAUAUGAAAAAGAUGCAAGAAAGACAUAACAUUGUUCAGUGGAUCGUGCCAGUUUUGGGAAUUUUCAUUGUAGUUUCUGCUAUAACCAUACUGGUGGUCAAGAAAAAACAGCAGAAAAUUGGCUCCUUUACCAUAUUAGAAAAAAGUGUGAAUGAAACCCUGUCUGCAAACUCUGACUCUAGCCAAGGCCCACCUAGCAGUGAAAUAUUGAUGGAGCUCAUGGAUUCCUCGCAGCAUCACUUUGUAACACAAUGAACUAUUUUGUAAAAGUGUAACAUUAAACAACAUUUACUAUUCAAUUAACAUCAUCAUAACAUGUACACAGAGUAACCCCCCUUGAUUCACUGGGGAAAUGGCUCAUUUAUCAACAAUCUAUAGACAUUAGAGAUGUGGCUUGACUUUUAAUUUAAUUAAUAUAUACCUUCAUACUUUUUGUUUGCAAAGCUAUGAUUAUUUAACAACUAAACUUGUUUUUUCUAUUAACAACCAUCAUUAAUCACCAGUUUUUCUCUAGUGCCUUAUCUUUCAGAUAGAGGCAAAAAAGAUGCAAUGAUUUAACAUCAAUUUAAGCAUUAAACUUUAAAGAACUUAUGGGUAUACACUUAUAAUGCUAAUAUACCCAUCAUCAAGCUAAAGUAUAAAUGUAUAUGUAAAUGUAUGUGAAUUUUGUGCUUAUACUGAUUGAAAUUGGCCCCAAUAUAUAUAAAUAUGUAUGCUGUGUAAACUGGGGAAUAAACAAUUAAAACAG